UAAGGUGCGGCUGUUUUCUACUUCAGUUUGCGACUUUAAAAAUGGAGGCCACGACGACGUCGACGAGUGGUUCACCGCUCAGCGACGAAGGGAAGCGGAGAGGUUCGCGCAAGGAUGAAGACCUCGAGUACGACAUCACUUUCCCGACCGCCGACAAGCAGCUCACUCUGCCGACGGCUAAGGAGCCCGUCGUCUACUUACUCGGCUGGGCCGGCUGCAAGGACAAGCACCUGUCCAAGUACGGUGCCAUCUACGAAGAUCAAGGGUGCAUCACGAUCCGUUACAUCGCCCCGGUCGAAGAGCUCUUCAAGCGAAGCUAUGGUGGCGCAUUGGAGGAACAAGCGUAUGCACUACUUGGCCUGCUGGAGGACUUCAAGCUCGAAGAGCACCCGCUGUUCUUUCACGCGUUCAGCAACGGUGGAGCAUUUGUCUACUCGCUGUUGAAUCGACACUUCAGGGAUGACGUCCAGAUAAUGUCGAAGAUCCGAGGUGUGAUUUUUGACAGUGGACCUGCUCGUGUCGGCUUCUGGCAGAGCGUCAGCGUGAUGGCAACCUUCGUCAGAGGUCGCUCCCUGUUCCGCUACACCGUGGCUUUCUUCUGGGCGUUGGCCAUGUGGCUGUACUCGGCAUUGACCUCAAUUGGCAACCUCGUUCUCGGCACUAGAUUUCACCGGUGCGAGAGUACCUACGACGCCCUGCUCGCCGAGAGCCCCCUGUGUCCGCAGCUGUUCCUCUACUCGGAAAAGGACGCCGUCUGCUCGCACCAGAGCAUCCACGCAUUUGCGGACGCACGCCGUGCUAAAGGCGUUCCGGUCGAAGAAGUGUUCUGGCAGGACUCUCCACACGUGCAGCACUUUGUUCUCCACCGAAACCAGUACGUCACGAGUGUCACCGACUUUAUGCGUCGCUGCCUCGAAGGCACCAUUCAGGUAUCCUCGCCUAUUGUCAAGAAAGAUCGCUGAUGGGUUCACU